AUGUCGUCUUUUGCGCUAACGUUAACUACUCCGUCGGUGGUGUCGGUGAGAAACACUAAACUCGGACGGAGUGUCAGUGAUUGCGGCCGGAAUUGGUCUGGACUUACUAAGUUGUCGGAGAAACCCAAGAGAAGUCGAGGUUAUGGUCUCUGCUGCAAGGCGGAGCUGUCGGAGCUAGCUCCAGCUGUCUCUGCUGGUUAUGGUGCGCUUCUUCUAGGAGGCGGUCUCUUCGCCUAUAGCAAAUCCGGAAGCAAAGGUUCUCUCUUUGGGGGUUUGUCUGGUUCUGUCCUUAUGGCAUCUGCCUACUUCCUUACUACAUCACCAGAGACAAGAGUCCUCGGCGAUACCAUAGGUCUCGGUUCUGCCUUCCUCUUCUCUUCCGUCUUCGGAUUUCGUUUAGCAUCUUCUCGGAAACCGGUCCCAGCCGGUCCACUACUCCUCCUUUCCAUUGGCAUGUUGGCCUUCUUUGUAAUGGCGUAUAUGCAUGAUAGUUUACCCGCUGUGUCCGUACCGGACCCAUUACCUCUACCUUAA